AUGAAUUACCACACUUACAAGUUUGUAAGGUUUCAGGAUUCGAAAUCGGGGAAAAGUUUUUACGAGCAAACUCCGUCUAAUGGUGGACUGCAACUGGCUAAACUUAAAUCAGCGCUAUCUUCAGUUUCGAGCAAAUUUCAGAGAUGUUUAGAAUCUGGCUCUGAAAGAAUCAAAAAGUUUACGGGAUCCAUAAGAAGCUUCUCUUCCGGAAAGUUCCUAACGGAUGACGAGGGGUCUAGGAAUAAAAUCCUCGAUCCACAAGGAUCGUUUCUGCAGAAAUGGAACAAGAUUUUCGUACUGUCGUGUGUCAUUGCUGUCUCGUUGGAUCCCCUGUUUCUCUACAUUCCCAUUAUCAACAACGACAAAAAAUGCCUUGAUUCGGAUAAAAAUUUGGAAAUAGCUGCAAGCGUUUUACGAUCAUUUACUGAUAUAUUUUACGUCGUACACAUUAUUUUCCAAUUCCGCACUGGUUUCAUUGCCCCUCCCUCGCGUGUAUUCGGGAGAGGUGUUAUAGUUCAAGAUUCCUGGGAAAUAGCAAAAAGAUAUCUGUCUUCCUACUUUCUCAUCGACAUUCUUGCUGUUCUUCCGCUUCCUCAGAUUGUAAUCCUCAUCAUAAUUCCGAAGUUGAAAGGUGCAAGAUCACUCAACACGAAGAAUUUGCUGAAACUCGUGGUGAUCUUUCAAUAUGUACCGAGGGUUCUCCGAGUGUACCCUUUAUAUAGAGAAGUCACUAGAACUUCCGGCAUACUCACCGAAACAGCGUGGGCUGGAGCUGCAUUCAAUCUUUUCCUUUACAUGCUUGCCAGUCACGUAAGAGUGCAUUCGAAGCGUUCAUUUGGGGGUUUAUUAAAUUUAUCCGUCAUUCAUUUUUUGCUAUUUUGUCAGGUGCUUGGAGCCUUCUGGUAUUUAUUUUCAAUAGAACGUGAGACUACUUGCUGGGAGAAAGCUUGUGGGAAUGGAUCUGCAUGCAGAGAAGCUUCAUUUUACUGUGGGGCUGACCACACCGGAUUCAGCCAAAUAUUGAAUGAGUUCUGCCCUGUACGGAAUGCUAAUGCCACACUCUAUGACUUUGGGAUAUUCCUCGAAGCCCUUCAAUCCGGUGUUGUUGAAUCAGAAGAUUUUUCUAAGAAGUUCUUUUAUUGUUUCUGGUGGGGACUGCAGAAUUUAAGCUCCCUUGGCCAGAACCUUCAAACAAGUACCUUCAUCUGGGAAAUCUGCUUUGCAGUUUUCAUAUCUAUAUCUGGCUUGGUGCUAUUUUCGUUUCUGAUUGGAAAUAUGCAGACAUAUCUGCAGUCGACAACACUGAGAUUCGAGGAGAUGAGGGUCAAAAGGCGAGACGCGGAGCAAUGGAUGUCUCACCGUUUGCUUCCCGAUAGUUUAAGGGAGCGAAUCAGAAGCUACGAGCAAUACAAAUGGCAAGAAACCAGAGGUGUCGAUGAGGAGAAUCUUAUUCAUAGUCUCCCCAAAGAUCUCAGGAGAGAUAUUAAACGGCACCUCUGUUUGGCUCUUCUCAAGAGAGUACCAAUGUUUGAGAAAAUGGACGAUCAACUAUUGGAUGCAAUGUGUGACCGUCUCAAACCGGUACUCUACACCGAGGAAAGCUACAUACUGCGAGAGGGUGAUCCAGUUGACGAAAUGCUGUUUAUAAUGCGUGGAAAAUUGUUCACCGCGACAACAAACGGAGGAAGAACUGGGUUUUUCAAUUCAGAUUAUUUAAAAGCCGGAGAUUUUUGUGGAGAAGAGCUCUUAACUUGGGCACUGGACCCCACUUCAUCUUCGAAUCUCCCCAUCUCCACUAGAACCGUGCAGGCCCUAUCUGAAGUUGAGGCGUUUGCUUUAACAGCCGAUGAUUUGAAGUUUGUGGCAUCUCAGUUUCGGAGGCUGCACAGUAAGCAGCUGCGUCAUACGUUUAGGUUUUACUCGCAGCAGUGGAGGACUUGGGCAGCUUGUUUUGUGCAAGCGGCGUGGCGGCGGUACUGCAGGAAGAAACUGGAGGAAUCUCUUCGCUGGGAAGAGAAUCGAUUGCAAGAUGCUUUGACUGAAGGUGGGACGCCAGAUUCUCCAAGUUUGGGUGCGGCGAUGUAUGCCUCUAGAUUUGCGGCUAAUGCGCUUCGAGGUUUGCGGAGUAAUGGUACGGGAAAGAUGAGAAUGAAGCCAGGGAGAAUAUCUCCCAUACUGCUUCAGAAACCGGCUGAGCCAGAUUUCAGUGCCGGCGAUGAAUGAAUAUUAUUUAACUUCGAUUAUUCU